AUGUCUCCACCGUCGCUAGAAACCAGCCCUAGCCAUGACACGAUCUCGAUCAUUUGCCAAUUGAACGCUGCCCGUGAUCGUCUCCGCCAGACCGUCCACCAAACGCUCUCUGGCCGCAUUACGCUUAUCCUCCAAAGAUCAUUGUCACCCUGCUGUGAGCGUACCGUUUGCACGUUCCUUCGAGAGCUUCAGAAAAUACAGGCCUGGCCUUUUGAUAACUGCUUCGCGAAGCAUGGGAUUGACGAGCUGCUGAAUCGUCUGGCCCACUUCGACGCGGAUCGAAUGCACAAGUACAUUGAUCCUGCCACGAACAGUCAAUUCAACUGUGUUAUGUGCAACAUGGAUUGGAAAACUAUUGUUGAGUCCACAGCGACUCGCGUAGCUGGCUACUUUGAUGGACUGUGUCUUGACUGCGCGCUGAGGACUGACGAGAACCCUCCUCCUGGUGGGCAAUACGACAAAAAGGACUACUGGGACUGUUUAGAAAGCCACGAUCGGUACGAUCGGAAAUGUCGGAUCCAACACGGAGAGCCCUCAUGGUACUUUAGCUUCAUGGGAGAGCAGCGAGAACUACAAGCAACCCCAGCUCAUGGUGUUGGUCUCCCUUAUCGUCUUUCCAACUAA